AUGGAUAAACUCCAGUCUUUCCUGCCUUCGGCUGAGAAGGGCUACUUGCCCUAUUACUUGUUUGUGAUCUCCAUCGUGUCCAUGGGGAAUGCGCUUCAAAACUACGCAACAUUGCAUUACACUCGUCGAAUCUACAACGGGCGUUUUGUUCCAAACCACUCUCUCCCUCCCGCCAGCGAGCACUACAACCCGGAGGACAGCACAGCUGUGGUCAAGCCCGCCUCGCCGACUGGGAAGGACUCGGAGAAGGCCAAGGACCAAGUGUCGCCCCUCGCUGCCCGCCUCUUCGGCACUUACACGUUCGUGGCUGGCCUCAUCCGCUUUUACGCCUGCUACCAACUCGAGAACCCUGCCAUGUAUCAACUCGCCAUUUGGACUCACGUCAUUGCCGCGAUCCACUUCACUAGCGAGAUGCUGGUUUUUAAGACGGUCAGGUUCAGCGGGCCACAGGCAUUCCCUUUUGCGGCGGCCUACGGCGGCACCAUCUGGAUGCUUUUGCAGUAUAAGCACUACGUGCAGUGA